AUGCCAGUGUGUUUAACCUCCUCACGUGACGACGUUCCAUAUCUACAGUCACAAUCUAUGAGAAAUAACUUAGUGUUCACUGAGGUGCCCGAGGAUAACACCAGCGGGAGUGAGGCGGCGGAAGCCACGGAGAGGAAGUUACGCCAACAUCUACAGGACGCCUUCAAGAUCGCCCGCGAGAUGGCCGAGAGCAUCUGGUUUGAGCGGGUGCAUCGGUCACCAGGUGCGCCGGUGACGGGGAAGAUCAGGAACAUUGUGGCCAAGUUCACUUUUUUCAAGGACAGAGAAAUGGUUAGGAAAUCGUGGAAACAGCUGUUUCCGCCGGAUGUAAUUCAGAAGAGGAGAGUACUAGUUCCGAAGAUGAAGGAGGCGAGGCGGCAGGGGAAGCGCGCGUACCUGGCCUACGACACCCUCUACGUCGACGGAACCGCAGUACGUGCAGAUUACAUAAAAAAUGGAACAAUAGAACAAGUGUCUCUCUUGAAACAAAGCCAGGAUCAACAGGGUAAGAGCAAUGUAGCGGAUAACUUGGACACGCCAGUCUCGAAUGCUGGAGGUCAGGCAAAGGGAGCUCUAGUUGAAGAAUGUCGCUACGUAUACUUGGACCUUGGAUCUAACAAAGGCGUACAGGUUCGGAAACUAUUUGAACCAGCGUUAUACCCAGGGGCUACGAUUAUCCCGUAUUUUGACAAAAUAUUUGGCAACGUUGACAACAGGCGAAAGUAUGCGUGUGCUUUUGGGUUUGAAGCAAAUCCCCGGCAUUUUUCAAGGUUGAAGUACAUCGAAAAUGCAUAUAGAAGAAAAGGUUUUAGGGUUACCUUCUACAACAAUGCAGUUUCGAAUGAACAAGACAAAAACGUGACAAUUUAUUCGGAGACUAAUUUUGACAUAGACUGGGGUGCAGGGAUCCUUGAUGCAGCUAUUGUUGAUAAAAUAAACAUGACUAGAUACGAAGUACCGACAGUCGACAUUGUGAAAUUCAUCAACAAGGAAAUUCAACCACUAAACCCAAAAGCAGUUCUUGUUAAAAUGGAUAUUGAAGGAUCAGAGUACACAGUACUACCACACAUGUUAGAAAACAACGUUUUGUGCAAAAACGUUCUGACCUCGAUGGUUGUUGAAAUGCAUGAAUGGGCAAAGGAGCAAAUGAAAUCAGAACUGGACCUAAAUAUAUUAAGACAAAGGAUGAGUACACAAAAUUGUGCGCCCACAGAAAUUGUGCCUGUGGAUGACGAGAGUUACAAUAAUGACGUCGAAGUCGAUCCUGGCGCUUAA